AUGAUGGCCAAGGGGCUUCCCCUACGCUCCGUCCUCGUUAAAGGCUGCCAACCCUUCCUGAGUGCCCCCUGUCAGCGCCCCGGGAAUCCCAGCGUGCCCACUAGCAAGGGAGCUAGCAUCUCCACCCAAAGUCCUCGCCCCUUCAGUGAGAUCCCUUCUCCUGGUGACAAUGGAUGGAUAAACCUGUACCGAUUCUGGAGGGACAAGGGCAUGCACACACUCCACUAUCACCACGUCCAGAAUUUCCAGAAGUAUGGUCCCAUUUUCAGGGAGAAGCUCGGCCCCAUUGAAUCAGUUUACAUCAUCGACCCGGAAGACGUGGCUCUUCUGUUUAAAUCUGAGGGUCCCAAACCAGAGCGGUAUCUCAUCCCCCCCUGGGUUGCCUAUCAUGAGUAUUACCAGAGACCCGUGGGAGUCCUGCUUAAGAAGUCAGAAGCCUGGAAGAGAGACCGGGUGGCCCUGAACCAGGAGGUGAUGGCUCCAGAGACCAUCAAGAACUUUGUGCCUCUGAUGGAUGCAGUGUCUCAGGACUUCGUCGGUGUCCUGAACAGGCGCAUCAAGCAGCAGGGCUUUGAGAAGUUCUCAGGGGACAUCAGUGAUGACCUGUUCCGCUUUGCCUUUGAGAAUAUCACCAAUGUCAUGUUUGGGGAGCGCCUGGGGAUGCUGGAGGAGAUCGUGGACCCCGAGGCCCAGCGGUUCAUUGACGCUGUGUACAAGAUGUUCCACACCAGCGUCCCCAUGCUCAACAUCCCCCCAGAACUGUUCCGUCUGCUUAGGACCAAGACCUGGAGGGACCACGCAGAUGCAUGGGAUGUGAUUUUCAGUAAAGCUGACAAGUACACCCAGAACUUCUACUGGGACGUGCGAAAAAAAAGAGACCUCAGCAACAAUUACCCCGGCAUCCUCUACCGACUCCUGGGAAACACCACACUGCCCUUUGAGGACAUCAAGGCCAACAUUACUGAGAUGCUGGCAGGAGGUGUGGACACGACAUCUAUAACCCUGCAGUGGCACUUGUAUGAGAUGGGACGCAACCUCAAGGUACAGAAUAUGCUGCGGGCAGAGGUCCUGGCUGCCCGGCGCCAGGCACAGGGAGACCUGGUCCAGAUGCUGCAGUUGGUCCCGCUCCUCAAAGCCAGCAUAAAAGAGACACUGAGACUCCACCCCAUCUCGGUGACCCUGCAGAGGUAUAUUGCAAACGACUUGAUUCUUCAAGAUUACAUGAUUCCUGCCAAGACAUUGGUGCAGGUGUCUAACUACGCCCUGGGCCGAGAACCCAAAUUCUUCCACAACCCGGAGACCUUUGACCCAACCCGUUGGCUGAGCAAAGAUAAGAACAUCACCCACUUCCGGAACCUGGGCUUUGGGUGGGGUGUGCGGCAGUGUCUGGGCAGGCGGAUCGCCGAGGUUGAGAUGACCACCUUCCUUAUCCAUAUGCUGGAGAACUUUAGAAUUGAAGUCCAAAAUCUCAGUGACGUGGGUACCACGUUCAACCUCAUCCUGAUGCCUGAUAAGCCCAUCAUCUUCACCUUCCGGCCCUUCACUCAGGACCCAAGCCAGGCGUGAUCAGAGAGGAUGGCCAGAGUCAUGUGGGAGAAAGGCUGGGGGAGGGCCCCAUUGGGGUCCUGCAUCUUCAGUCCUCUGUCCCCAGGCCUGCACCAUCUGCCCACCCACUGAACAGGUGCAUUGGGUUCUCAGGGUCACCUGCCCCAGCCCAGUUGACCUGCUCUUCUUCACCCACCCCA